AUGAAAAUUAUUGCUAGUUUUUUAUUUAUAUUGUUCCUGCACUACGGUAAUAAAAAUGUUGUACAUUCAUCAUCAUUCUGGGAACAACUGACUGCGCAACCAAUAUCCUUAUUCUGGGAACAAGUACUGAAUCCUCCAGAAUCAAUACGCAAAGAAAUGGAAUCAAUUGAACGUACAAUGAAAUUAUUAAACACGAAUUUGACGUGUAGGUCACAAAAUGAUUGUUUUGCUGAGGCUUCCAGUAUGAGCUUCUGUAGUACUCAUGUCAUCAUCAUUUCUCGUUUGAAUGAACAUUCACCAGCCAUUGAGACAUUGGCUAAACGAACUUUUGCAUUAGGACAAAAAUAUGCGCAAUUAAGUGGAUCACUAAUGGCCUGUGUUGGUAGUCCUACGCUUCCGAGAGGAAAGUGCGAUAUGACAAAUAAUCAAUGUGUUGCAGGAUCGGAUGAAGGUAUAUCGCUUGAAACAUUAGGAUAA